AUGUAUCCGCACACCACACCCGCGCAUCAUUCGACCCCACAGCAGACCAAGGACCCGGAUCGAGAGGACAGCAUACAGGACCGUAAGAACCAACACCGCAAGGACUAUGAGGUGGACCUAUAUCUGCGUCAGAAGUGGCAGGACGAGCGACUAAAACACGCUGACAUUACAGAAGUUCUCGACCUGAAUGACCCCAACCUGGUCAAGGCCAUCUGGAAGCCAGAGGACUACUUCCCCAACGCCAAGCAUGCCGAGUUCCAGUUUGUCACUGUGCCAAAUGUGCUAAUCAGAAUCAACCCUGAUGGAGAGAUACUCUACAUGCUCAGAGAGGUGAAAUAUCUAGGACACAUAAUCACACCUACUGGCAUAUCACAGGACCCGGACAAAUUAUUAGCCAUCAGACAAUUUCCAUCACCAACCAACCUUUCAAAAACAAUAGAAGAACUCCGCCUGGAAUGGAAAACUAUGAACCCCGUGAUAAUGGGAAAAGGAUUGAAGAUGCCUCAAUUCGAGAUCGUCGACAUUGUACCAUCAGAAUGUCAAGAAUCUUUUCAAAUUGGUAACUACAGCUGCCUGGUGGCCGAAUUCUACCUGUCGCGGUCAGUGGGCUUCCACCUGGUGCAGAGCUACCUGCCGACCAUCCUGAUAGUGGUCAUUUCCUGGGUCUCCUUCUGGAUGGAUGUGGACUCUGUGCCAGGGCGCACCACCCUCGGAGUCACCACCCUCCUGGCGGUGUCCUCACAGAGCUCUGGCAUUCAGAGUGGCCUGCCCCAAGUGAGUUAUGUGAAGGCCAUUGACGUAUGGAUGGGAACCUGCACAGCGUUCGUGUUCUGUGCGUUGCUCGAGUUCACGUUCGUGAACUACAUGUGGCGCAAACUGUCUCCGGAGAUUCUGCGCAAAACUCUGAUCCCUGACGGAGUGAAUGGUGACGUCAUCACUAAGGGUGCUCCCCAAUUGGCAACCGAGCAACCGGAGGAGGCGGUUGCUGUUACUGUUGUGAAGAAAGUGAUCCUCACCCAUGGCGAUUUGUCAGGUCACGUGACAAACAAAAACAUGAUAAUGGCACGAAAGAUAGACGAAUAUUCGAGGCUCUGUUUUCCACUAGCCUUUGCUCUCUUCAACGUCCUCUACUGGUCAUACUACUUGGCAUAAACUGAGAGAGAAAGUGAAUAUCUUACUGGUCAUACUACCUGGCAUUAACUGAGAGAGAAAGUGAAAAACUUACUGAUUAUACUAUCUGGCAUAAACUGAGAGAGAAACUGAAUA